AUGAGCGCCGGGCACGUCGUCUGCACGGGCUGGCUCAUCAAAUCGCCCCCGGAGAAGAAGCUCAAGAGAUACGCUUGGCGAAAACGCUGGUUCGUCUUGCGCCAAGGUCGAAUGAGCGGGAACCCCGACGUCCUGGAAUAUUAUCGCAACAGCCAUUCCAAGAAGCCCAUCCGGGUGAUAGACCUGAAUGAAUGCGAGGUAGGGAAGCACUCGGGGUCUAACGUCAUCAAGAAAGAGUUCCAGAACAACUUUGUCUUCAUUGUGAAAACGACGUACCGCACCUUCUAUCUGGUGGCCAAAUCCGAGGAGGAAAUGCAAGUGUGGGUACACCACAUCACCCAGAUCUGUAACUUCGGACAUUUGGAAGAUGGAACAGAUUCAGGGGACAGCCUGUCCCACACCACUUCAUCCCCGCAGCCCUCGCCAGCCGCUUCUGCCCACGCCUUGAGGAUCACAGACCCAUCUUCAUCUGCCGAUCAGGCCGCCACCGACACCUCUGCAGCGGAGGAGACUGCCAGCGAGUCCGAGUCUGUCUUCCUGCCAGACUAUCUCUUCUUGUCCAACUGUGAGACUGGCAAACUCAGCCACGUCAGAUGCCACAGUUGGUCCAAUUCUGAUCGAUCAUUGGAUCAGACUUCAUCGGAUGAUGUCUUUGUUGACUUUGUGGCCUCUCAGCCCUCGCUGUAUUUGCAGCCAUCGGGUAGCCUGCUGCAGGAGAUGGCCCCGCCAGCCAGUCAAGGGGUCCUUUCCAGGAGCACAGACACAAACAGGCCUCCUUCCAGCGACUUCUCCUCUUCCUCUCCCUUGUCAGGACCUCCCUUAACACCGACCCUUCUAGGUGACAAAAGCCAGACCGCCCUUUCUUGUGGCAUGCCUGAACUCGACGUUCUGGCCAACACUCCACCACCGAGGCCUCCGAAGCCGACACACUUCUCAGACAGAAGGGCUGAAGAGCUGGCCAGUGGGUUUCUUCACAACGGACACGUGAGGAUCUGUGGAGCUCAGGGGGCCUUGGUGCCAAGGCGGAUCUCCUUGUCUGGUUUGGACGCCGUGCGGAAUUGGAGAGCUGACAUGGAAGAAAACUCCUUAAGAAGCAGGGAUAAGCGGCUUAGCUUGAACUUGCCGUGUCGGUUUAGCCCACUCUACUCCUGCCAGUCGGACAGUUCUGAGGACAGUUACGUGCCCAUGCACCCCAGUGCCUCCCCACCCAUUGCAGGAUCAGAUUGCACACCCGACGGCUACAUUCCCAUGAGCCCAGGCUCAGCGACAUUCACUUUCCCUUCAGUCACCUCUGAAAAACGCUCCAGCCCUUUGCCGGAACUCCCUACAGACCUGGAGCCGCCACCAGUAAACCGGGAUCUCAAGCCUCGUCGAAAACCACGACCACCUCCACUGGAUCUGCGAAACCUCUCCACCAUCAGGGAACAUGCUGCCUUGACCAGAACGUGGACUGUGCCUUACAAUCGAACAAGCUUUAUCUCUCCAGAAAGAGACGGCAUUAAUUCAGCCAGGGUCUUUGCCAGUUCAGUUUCCGGAGAAGAGGAAGAAAGCUACAUUCAAAUGGAGCACCGGCAAGCGACCUCUCCGUAUAACGGGGCUUUCCAGUGGCCAAAGAAGUUCAGCCUUGAUUACUUAGCCUUGGAUUUUAAUUCUGCUUCCCCGUCGCCUGUACAAAAGAAACCCUUUCUCUCUGAAGAACAAAGAGUGGAUUACGUCCAGGUGGAUGAGCAGAAGACUCAGGCACUGCAGAGCACUAAACAGGAAUGGACGGACGAAAGGCAGUCCAAAGUGUGAAGGG